AUGUCCUCUAACUCCAGCCAAAGCCAGCUCGCGAGAAGAGGCUUCGUACCUGUGCUCAUGCUCCUCGUUGUGGUCUGUGGUACGUUCAAUGCCAUCACUGGCAAGAUCCGGGCGGUUGCUCUCGGAGAGUACUCUGGAAUGUUAUCCAACUUGGGAUUCCAGGUCGUGUACUUCCUCAUCUACGCCCUUGUACUAGCUAUCAACGCCUGGUCCCGUCGUGUUCCCCAAGAGCAGUGGCAUUGGAUUCUUAUCCCUAGGGAAAGUGCUGGUUUUGACGGCUUCAUUAAAGGCACAUGUGAUUUCAUGAAACGCUUGCCAGGCAUGAAAUUCGCAGCAUUGGCGGGUAUCCUUGAAGCCACUGCCAACUAUCUCAUCUUCUCCACACAGGGAUAUCUAUCGGUCAGUAUGUACAAGCUCCUGCAGCAGUUUACCGUGCCUUCAACCCUCCUUUGGUCUGUGAUUUUUCUGCGUGCGCGUUAUAUUUUCCAGGAAUUGCUCGCUGUUGUACUUGUGGUUCUCAUAGCAGUCGUCGCAAUCGUUGUUCCAAAUGAUGAGGAGAAGAGUACCUCGAGCAAUGGUGGAGUGUCUGCUUCCGUGUUGCUUGGGUUAGCGAUGAUCAUGCUGUCCUGUUCAUUCGUCAUCAAGGAGCUUAUGUUCCUUGAGUAUAAGACCUAUGCUAAACUAAAGAACUAUGAAGUCACUGACUUGAACAUUUUCCUUAUGUGCACAUCUACUAACUUUGUCGGUGUGAUAUUCGUGAUACCAAUCUCUUUUUGUCUCGAGAUAGCCACUGGCCAAGAUGAUGUCGGAGGAAUCUUUUACAGUAUCCGUGAUCGUCUCUACCUUCUUCAAUAUAAGCCUCUUUUAUCUCAUUGCUUACGCGUCGAGCGCGCUGGCAUUUCUUUGCGUAACCAUUACCCUUCCUGCAGCAGUGAUUCUAUCCCUAGUCGAUUGGCCUUUAAUCGGUUCUUCGUCUGUACCGUGGAUCCAGUGGCUGGCUUUGCUCUUCAUGUUGGUGGGGAUCAUCACUUUCAGGCAUGGUAA